UGUGUAGUGAAGAGUUCAUUCAUAAAUGAUUUCCGUGGCAGGCUGGACGAGCCGCUGAUUGGCUGAGCGCAGCUCCUGCCAGCCCCCAUCCACGAUCCGUGCUGAAAAUUAGUAGCAAGAAGGCAUGUAAUUGACAGAGUCACGUGUGCACGAGGGGGCCAGGGAGCGAGCACGGAGAAGGGAGAGAGACUCACAAGAGGGAGAGCACGCUAGACCAUGCGAGCUAAAUUUGGGAUCGCUCCAGAUCAGGAUGUCACAUUGAUGCUGCAGAUCACACCAAUCAAAAAGGAAACUUUUCAUCUGUCGUUGCUGGAACAGAAGGCAUCAUGGCCGAAGGAGGGGCUAGUAAAGGUACUGGAGAAGAACAGGGGAAGCUGCCAGAGCAGGAAGAAGAGGAGGAGGAGGAGGAGGAAGGCAUCCAAGUCUUGCAUGGUACUGGACAUUGCAAGUGGUUCAAUGUGCGCAUGGGAUUCGGUUUCAUUGCUAUGACCAGCCGAGAGGGAAGUUCCUUGGAAAACCCGGUGGAUGUUUUUGUACACCAAAGCAAACUUUACAUGGAAGGAUUUAGAAGCCUGAAAGAAGGAGAAACUGUAGAGUUCACAUUUAAGAAAUCUUCCAAAGGCCUUGAGUCACUACGGGUAACAGGCCCCGGAGGUAGCCCGUGCUUAGGAAACGAGAGAAGACCCAAGGGCAAAACGAUUCAAAAAAGAAAACCAAAAGGAGAUAGAUGCUACAACUGUGGAGGCCUUGAUCAUCAUGCUAAGGAAUGUAAUCUACCUCCACAGCCAAAAAAGUGCCAUUACUGUCAAAGCAUAAUGCACAUGGUAGCUAACUGCCCCCAUAAAAUGGUUCCACAGCAUCCAACAGCUUCUCAGGGAAGAUAUGAAGCAGAACCACAGCCUUCAACUUCAGCUUUUCUGAGAGAAGGAGGAGGGGCUUUUGGCUAUUCAUCUCCAUCGUAUUCUCAAGAGGGAAGAUCAGAGCUCUCUGAACGUUCAAGCAGGUCACCACAAGACGCUUCCUUAAGUAAGAUAUCUGCAUCGCCUGAAGAACAAAGCAGAAAGGGGCCUUCUGUUCAAAAGCGUAAAAAAACUUAAAGCUUUGUCCUGGUGUUUUCCAUAAAUUCACCCUCCCUAAGAAGUUCUACCUCAUGCAAGUCGUUAAGUUAUUCUUCCUAACUGACCUGGAAUUUUAACUACUGUUGAGGAACUGUGAAUUUAAAGGAAAAGAAAA